ACGCAGCUAUGAACCAACACAUAAUUUACAAACAUGUCAAUGGUACUAAAACCCCUGUUAACGUUAAAGCGGCUGUGGACAAUUUUAAGCGAAAUGCUGACAAAAGCACUGUGACGGAAGUGGAAUCGAUUCGCAGUACAAUCAAAAUAGCUUAUCAAUGCACGUUAGCGAGGUACGCAAGCAUAACCGCUUACUUAAUAUUUCAGGAUUUGUGGGAGCACAAAACCAACAUCAACUGGGCCAUAAAUCAUGCGAAACUAAAUUCUUCGAAUUUCGAUAUUCGAUCAAUGUAUGAAAAUGAACUAUUUCAAGAAAUGUAUCAUUCGAUACAGUGGGACAAAAAUAUAUUAGACUUUGACAUUAAAUUAGGAAUAGGCGUUGAAAAAAUAUUCGCAUUCCACCGAUUCCAUAGUACGCCAAAGAGGGAACUCCACAUUUUAUGGGCAGGACUCAUCGAGAAGAAGCUCGGUUUAAAUAUCAAGUACAAAACCUAUACUGAAGUGAUAAAAACGAGGUUUACCAACGAAUAUAACCUACCGUUUUUUGACGCCCUUAACGAACUUGUCUGCGUUCUCAAUGAGGCGAUUCAAUUGUUCGACAGUGUCAUCGAAGACAAGUGCGUACCACACGACAUCAGUUUUGUUAAGAACUUCGAAUCCCUAAAAACGGACGUCCACGGAGAUUUCGUGGGGCUUCUGACGCAUUUUGAUGCAAUGAAGGCCAGAGAGGCUAGCAAGGAUGGGCAGCAUACAAACUACAAUCGAGAAGUUACUGUACCAGUGCCGUACCUGGAGGCCAGAGACUCUAAUUCGGAGUUGUACAGAGAUUUUUCAAAACCGAUUCCGGGAAAACAGCCAGCAUAUGCCGAAAUAGCGGCUUCGGGUUGCUUCGUAGAGAAUUUGGAAUUCGAGAUUUCUGGUUUCAAAACGGAUUUUAAAAAUACUAACAAGCCAACGGACAUUUAUGGCCAUAGCCGCUCUGGACGCACGUCCGAAAUUAAAAUGAAACUUGUAGAAACCACCUAUUAUGAGCGGCAAAGUGAUGUAAAAAUAGGUAUGAUAUUGUUUCGCGAUUAAGAUAAAUCGUUCAGUGAUUAUCUUGAAAACAGCAGUAAUACUACAUAAACCAACACGAAGAAUCUAGGAUCUGCUAUCAUAAAUAUACAUUGACAUGUCUCAAUAGUUAAUAAACGAAUA